AUGUGUUAUAGUGUCCCUGUAGUGUCCUGUGAAUGCUAUAGUGUCUUCUCGUGUCCUGUGAAGUGCUAUAGUGUCUUCUCGUGUCCUGUGAUCAGCUAUAGUGUCUUCUCGUGUCCUGUGAAGUGCUAUAGUGUCUUCUCGUGUCCUGUGAAGUGCUAUAGUGUCUUCUCGUGUCCUGUGAAGUGCUAUAGUGUCUUCUCGUGUCCUGUGAAGUGCUAUAGUGUCUUCUCGUGUCCUGUGAAGUGCUAUAAGUGUCCUGUGAAGUGCUAUAGUGUCUUCUCGUGUCCUGUGAAGAAUCUUUCGUGUCCUGUGAAGUGCUAUAGUGUCUUCUCGUGUCCUGUGAAGUGCUAUAUUGUUCUUUUUGGUGUUCUGUGA